AUGUCAUCGCAGCGAAUCGCAUUCAAAGUAUCUGGAACAGUGCAAGGAGUGGGGUUUAGAGACUUCACGCAGAAGCGCGCCACCGAGUACGGCUUGAGGGGCUGGGUGAAGAACACGCACUGCGGAAGGGUCGAAGGGGAAGCUCAAGGACCCGCGGAAUCAGUGCAGAAGCUGCUCAAGGACCUCAACAAUGGACCCCGUCUAGCACAUGUUGUCAAACUGGAGCAGAAGGAGGUUGGCGUGAAGGACGGCGAAGAGAAAUUCUCAUGCUACAAGACGUCGGAGUCGGGGUUUGCGAACAUUGAGUGAGUCGGGCUGUGUAUAGGGCACGUGCAUGCCAUGGUAGUCGCGUGUCUGCGCUUGCGUGUGCGUGUAGAAGGAAAAACGCACGCGAUCGUAAUAAAUGAGAGAGUAACAGUGCUGGGUGCUGGACAAAAGAUAGCAUACAGUGUGACUAACUUUUUAAAAGCAUUGUGUUGCAUGGGAUGUCCUAUUCGUAAGGGCGCCUUUUUCGAUUGGUGUUGUCUUGAAGUAUAGAUAGAGAUCAUGGAAAAGCAAACUUUGGAAGCUACGUAGCACUCCAACAAAAUUGGAACAACAAAUUCUCA